AUGUCAUUCCCUACUCCUAAGCGCCAUAUGCAACAACAAAAUUUGAAUCAAGAUAUAAUCACAGAAAUCCUUAAAAGGCUGCCUGUGAAAUCUCUACUGCAAUUUAGGUGUGUUUCAAAAGUUUGGCGUGCUUUAAUAUCAUCUCCAGAAUUUGUCAAAUUGCACUUAAAUUUUCAUUCGAAAAAGGAUAUUAAGGUCAUGACAUAUAGCAGUGUAAAUCGGAUUAGCCAUACGUCCUUGUUUUCUAUUACAGAAAACAAGCCAUCAUCAUUUCGAAAGUUUAUUACAUAUGACCGCUCGGUCUUAAUCCCUCAAGAUGGUUUUGAAUUUUUGGGUUCUUGCAAUGGGCUCUUUUGCUUUCGUGCUAAACCGUAUCAAAUAAUGAUUUGGAAUUCUUCAUUAAAUGGAAACGUCAAGACAAUCCCAGACGUAUGGCGGUUCAGCUACAUAAGCAUAUUUGGAUUUGGAUACGACAUGCAUAAUGACGACUACAAGGUUGUUUAUGCUUAUUAUGGUGACAAUAAUGGUGAUGAAUAUGUGGUUUUGUUGUAUAGUUUUAAGCAUGGGUCAUGGAAAAGAUGUGAUAGAGGGUUUAGUAGUGGGUUUGUUUAUCCCAGAAUUGCUGUGUUUUUGAGUGGUAGUCUCAACUGUUGCAAUAACAACUUAGAUGACAGUGACUGCAAUUGGAAUAUAAUUUCUUUUAAUUUAACCACAAGCUAUAGUGUUACCCAGCCAUGA